GACUGUAUUAGGAGUUCAGGGAGGAGCCUGUUUUCCUUUCAUAACCAGAAGGGAAUAAAUGCUUGCUUUGGGUCAGUGAGGGGAGAUUACUCUUUGAGGUGCUGAGAACUCGACAGUGAGCAGCAAUGAUUUGUUUUUCAGGUCUUCUGGGUCUUCUGCUGGUUCUAAAUGCUGAGGCCAGAGUUGGAGACUCCUCCCAGCUGGAGUUCUGCAAUGAGACAGAGCAGUGCCUGCUGUUUGACUUGAUUUGCAAGAACUCCGUAUAUGAGGUGCGGCAUUAUGACUCUGUGAAAUGGGUUACAACUAAUUACACCACCUUCUCUAUGGAAUUUAUGAUGGUACCAGCGUUUUGGAAGUUGUACAAGUACAUCACCGGUGAAAAUGAAGCAAGCCAAAACAUCCCUAUGACCGCUCCAGUUCUGAUGGGAAUACCUGAAAAGAGCAUUUUGAGGAUGGAUGUCUUCACAAUGAGUUUCUUGCUGCCAGCAGAAUAUCAGAUGGAUCCACCAAAACCUACUAAUGAUGAUGUUUACAUCCAAGAAACGCCUGCUAUGAAUGUCUAUGUAAUCGACUAUGACUCCUACAUGAACACCUUGUCUGACAGUAAGUACUCCAAGAAACUGUCGAAAGCUCUUGACUCUGCCAAAGUACAGUACAGGAAAGGAUCCCACUUCGCAGCUGGAUAUGACAGUCCAAAGCCCAAGAAAAAGAGACACUGUGAGGUGUGGUACGUUGUUGAGGGGGAUCCAGUGUGUGAUCCAGUUCUUCAACCAUUUGCAUAGUUUACUGAACACAAUGCAUGUGCUGUAGCUGAACUUUGCUUAAAAUUGAACAUAAACCCUGUUUGAACACACAGACUACAAAGCCAUGAUUAUAAGGGUUUUGUUAUGUUUUUGUGUGUUUGCUUUCAAUUUUUUGUUGUUGAAAAAUAAAGUAGUUUUUGCAGCAAUCA